AUGGAGCACCUCGUGCGUGACCCGGCUUGUCGGAACCGGGUGUACUACCUCAAGGCCGAAGGGAUGGAGGCGACGUUCAAGGCCAUGGUCACGCUCCGCGCAAAAAUGGUGGAGAAGUGGAUCCGGCGCGUGAAGAGGGACUUUCUCGACACCGCGACAAUCAAGUUCGUCGGGUUGGACUGCGAGUUCACCGACCCUCGCAAGAAGAAAGUCGGUGAGGAGCAGCGCGCCGCCGUCCUUCAACUCUCGUUGGCGUCCGAGACGUUGGUGUUCCAGAUGAUUCAUGCCGAUAUAAAAGUGCCACAAGCGCUCAAGGAUUUCUUGGAGGACGGGAACAUCAUAUUCUGCGGCACCGCUAUCGGCAACGAUUUGAAAAAGCUAAGACUCGAGGGCAUUCGCAUCACUUCUGCGUACGACCUCCAGAAGGUAGUCCCAAACCCCACCACCAAGACCACUCCAAGUCUAUAUGAUUUGGCGAACCAUACCAUUGGGACAAACCUUGAGUAG